AUGGGGAAAAGCCGCACCAGCAGUGGGAGUUCUUCAUUUUCUUCGGAACUAGACAAGAUGCAGCCAGGUGACAGUCAUGCCCGAGAAGGUUGGGGCGGGAAGCUAGACUUUAUUCUCACCUGUAUCGGAUACGCCGUUGGAUUGGGCAACAUCUGGAGGUUCCCGUAUCUAUGCUACAAGAGUGGGGGAGGUGCAUUCCUCAUCCCAUACACAUUGUUCUUGUUACUGUGUGGCCUUCCCUUGUUCUUUCUGGAAGUGACCUAUGGCCAAUUUUCAAGUUUAAGUCCCAUUGCGAUAUGGAAAGUGGCUCCAUUAUUCAAAGGUGUUGGCGUGGGCAUGUUGGUAUGUUCUGCCAUUGUAUGCAUCUACUACAACGUGAUAGUUGCCUGGACAAUUUACUACUUGUUUCUUUCAUUCCGGAUGGUUCUUCCCUGGUCUCAUUGUAACAACGAGUGGAACACGGACAGAUGCAUAGACGAUGAGAGGCUGAGAAAUUUUACUGCCAUCGCUGCAGCCAUGAACAACAUGAGUAAUUUUGUAGUUCGGAAUUUAAGUUUGGACAGUAACAAUUCAGUGUCUGGGUUUGAUUCCAUGACUGAGACAUCUGCAUUAGUGUAUGUGAGAGGCAACAAGACAGUUCCUGCGAGUGUGGAAUUCUGGGAGCGCCAUGUGCUGGAGCUAACCGAUGGCAUAGAAAACCCUGGCAGUGUCCGGUGGCAGCUACUGAUCUUUUGUAAUAAAAGGCAAAGACUGUAUGACUGUAAUGUGAUGCACUUUGCAGCCCCAUUCCCCUACUUGGUCCUACUGAUUCUGCUGGUGCGGGGAUGUACUCUGCCUGGGGCUGCUGAAGGCAUCAAGUUCUACAUUGUGCCCAGGUGGGAGAAGCUCACAGAGUUUAAUGUAUGGGGCGAUGCAGCUCUCCAAAUUUUCUACUCUGUUGGCAUGGCAUGGGGUGGGAUCAUCACAAUGGCAUCCUACAACAAGUUCAACAACAACGUUUAUCGAGACGCCAUGUUGGUUCCACUGAUCAACUGUGGCACCAGCUUUUUUGCAGGGUUUGUUAUAUUUUCCGUCCUUGGGUUCAUGGCUCAUGAGGUCAACACAAGCGUCGACAAGAUUGUCAGUCAGGGACCCGGUUUGACCUUUGUGGCCUACCCAGAAGCCAUUGCAAAAAUGCCAGUUUCACCAUUGUGGUCUGUGCUGUUCUUCUUCAUGCUCUUCACAAUUGGUUUGGACAGCCAGUUUGGAAUGUUUGAGACCAUCCUGAGUGGCAUCAUUGAUGAAUUCCCUCACUUCCUGCGCAAAAAGAAGACCAUUUUAACUGCCGUGGCAUGCUUUAUUGAGUUUCUACUGGGACUGGCUUGUAUCACUCAGGGUGGCAUCUAUGUGCUACAGAUUAUGGACUGGUACUGUGCCAGCUUCUCUCUGAUGUUAAUCUCUCUGACUGAAUGUGUGGCCCUUGCCUGGGCAUAUGGUGCCGACCGACUGUACAAGGACAUUGCUCUGAUGACUGGGUUUCAGCCUCACUUCUGGUGGAAAUACAUGUGGAAAUUUGUCACCCCUACAGUGAUAAUGUUUAUAUGGAUCUUCAGUGUUGUGACUCUUGGCCCCGUCACCUAUGGCACAUACACGUAUCCAACAUGGGCUGUUGUGAUUGGUUGGUUUAUGGCCGUUGCUUCUAUUGUACCCAUUCCGUGUAUUGCUGUCAUGCAGAUUGUCAAUGCUGAUGGACCACUACUGCAUCGUAUAAAACAUUUAUGCAAGCCUGAUGACUCGUGGGGACCAGCAUUGCCUGAAAACCGCAAACGCUAUCUGGCCGACCUUGACCCCAGCGAAUUAGACCUCAGUGUAUCUCUGAAUCAGAUGAUCGUCCCACACAAGGGCAGCAAUGUCUGUGAUGAAGCAACAGUUAUCUUCUUGCCUAAGGCAUAG